AGAAAGUCAGAAGAGCCCAUCUUCUUCUUCCUCUUGGUUCUUGCCUCUCUCUUCUCGUUGGAUAUCAUAAAAAGACAAUUCUAUCGAGUUCCCAUCACUAUUCCCGAUUUCUGAUUUAUUUUUCCCUUUCACUGUAGAUCCUUUUUUCCGACUCACACACUUUCGAUAUUUUCUUUUGUUUUCUUCAAAAAAGACAUAUUUUUUUUGCUGGGACUAUCAAUUGGGGUCCGUCGCCACGCCACGCGCCGAGCUCGCAAUAUAUCGAAAGCAACGAUCUAGGAAGGAUCUUAAAAAUCCUACUUGGCCACAAAUUUUUGCUAUUUUUAUUAUUUUCCGUGUUUAAUUUCUGAUUCAGACAGGAAGAUUAAUAUUAAGCACUAGUUGUGCAAAUUCACAAUUUUUUUUUGUGGAUGGAAACAAAUUUCUGGCACACGUAUUCCAAUCCAAAUCGACAAUAUACGCGUCUCUGAUGGAUAUGUUUUGGAUUCAGUGAGAAACAGAGAUUGAUUUUGGUUUUCUUUAAUCAUGGUGGAGCCUUAUGAGACACGUAACAACGGUGAAGCAUCCCAGAUGAUCAGAUAUCAGAGUUAUAACCAUCACAAUUCCAGACUACCAUCUUCAUUAUCAUCGCCAUUGCUUGAUUUGAGAGUGUUCUAUGUCAGAAUCAGUAAUUUCAAGGUGGAUCAUUCGACACCUGAGGUUCUCACCAUUACUCAUAUUCCUUUGGAUCCAGAUUCACUUCUGGAGAUUAAUGGUGUUAGAAUGAGCAUGUACUCUGAAGGAGUUUCUUCUCAGCUUAGGCGUGAUCGUGUUGAUAAGAAAUCUGAAGUUGCUACUUUUAUCAGCACGGAUAAUAUCAGGUUAUCUGGUAGUGUGAAGUUUGAGGUUUAUGAUAAAGAUGAGCUGGUUUUGUCUGGAACGCUUGAGAUGUCUGGUAGUAAUGGUUUCACUGGUGAAUCUAAGCAUAGCGUGAAGCGGUGGAACAUGAAUUGUGAAGCUGAGAUCACUGCAGAGUCUGGUUUCUUGAAGGAGAAACAUAUUGGUGGUUCGGAGUUAUCUUCUCCAUUGCCAACUAUUGAAGUCUAUGUCACUGGCUGCUUUUCUGGAACUCCUAUCAUCCUAACGAAGACUCUACAGCUUGGUUUCAGAAAGAAGCACGGUAGAGUGACUGCAUUAGAUUCGAUUCCCGAGUAUGAAACUGAUGAGCCUCAUAAAGGAAACUCAUCUGAGCUUGAUUAUCAGUCAGUUCUAAGGUGACUUAUUGGUUGGAAUAUCGUGGUUUUCACAUGUUACUGAAUAUGGAAGUUAUAAACAAGAAUAUGAAGGAGAACACAGCGACAUGUACUGGAAUAGAGAGUACGCAGAUGGUGAAGAUGGUGAGAUGUCGUGGUUCAACGCUGGUGUGAGGGUUGGUGUGGGAAUUGGUCUUGGUGUCUGUGUAGGUCUUGGCAUUGGGGUUGGCCUUCUGGUGCGUACCUAUCAAUCGACCACCAGAAACUUCAGAAGGAGGAUUAUCUAGUUUCAUUCAAAUUGCCUCAAGCUUCAUCUACUCUCUCCCUCUAACUCCAAUCCGUUGCACAUCACUUUUGACUGCAGAACUCUAAGCUAUAUAGUCUAAGCUAAUACUGCUGUGUAGUAUAAUUUUUGUUUUAUGUACUUUUUAAUCUCUUUGUGCCUUCAAAUUUUGAAAGAAAUCAUUUUCCCUUCUUCUUGUGUUUGGUGAGAUUCAGAUUGAAAGAAACAAAGCUUGUUGCUGGUAAUGCGAAUCUUGUUUUCUGCUUCCUGUAAAUAAAAUGCUUAUGAGUGUAAAGAGUUUUUGGAUUCGCUU